AUGGAAAGUCCCCACUCUGUGAACAGUCCAAGAAGAACUCUCAGUCUGUCAAAGCAGCGGAGGGCAACUGUGUCCUUUUUGGACCCUGAUGNCAAAACCUCUGGCUUCGGAUUGUCUGGCGAUCAUGGCCCUAAGCCUUUUGAAGUUUAUGGUUUUGUAGGUUCUAUUACCACUGUUGUUGCUACAGUUAUUUUCUUCAUAUGGGCAUAUGUUCCAGAAUCAUGGCUACAAUUUGCUGGCAUCUCGUACUAUCCUAGCAGAUAUUGGGCUUUAGCAGUACCAACAUAUGUGAUGGUGACCAUUAUUUUGAUGUUGGGAUUCUACAUUGGCCUUAACUUUAUUUCAACACCUUCGCCUUCUUCUUUAAACACAGUUUUUGAUGAAUUCAGUAGAGAUCCUUCGAGUAACGAGUGUUCUCUAGAAGAUGAAAAGCCCAUCGAUCCCAUUUCAGAUAUCGGCCUUGACAGAAUCAAUGAUGUUAUGUUCAAUAAUGCAAUGGGUUUGUAUGUUCCAAACGGGUUCUACAAAAUCAAUUCAACUUGUAUGUUCCAAACGUGUUGUAAAACUCCUAUGGGUUUGUACGUCCCAAACGGGUUCUACAAAAUCAAUUCAAUUUGUAUGUUCCAAACGUGUCGUUUAAAUCCUAAACCCUAA